GUACUAUAAUUUGAGAUACUGAAUCAAGAUGGCGAUUGAUUACUGUUGUAAAGCUGUAAAAGUAAUAUUCAUCCUGAUCAAUGGUGUACUAAUAGUUUUUGGUAUUGGUCAGGUGAUGGCAGGGAUAGCUAUCAAAAUAAAUAUCCUUCCAUUUGAUGCGCUCCAGCUCCUUAACACAUUGCAAGUGGUUGAGAUCAAUCUGGGUGACAUUUUAAACACACUGUCAUCUUCAAUGGUUGCCAUUGGCGUCCUUUUGGUAAUAUCGGGCGUCUUGGGGUGUCUAGGAACCUGGUUUGAAAGCAAAUGUUUAAUAAUUUUAUAUGCCUUAUUGAUGGUAGUGGUGUUUGUCAUGGAAAUAGGAAUUGUUUUCUUCAUGUUCAGGAUUAAAGACGUGUUUACUCCUGAAAACAAAAUCCUGUUGCUCAAAACUUUACCAAAAAAUUUAAAUGACGACUCCUUGUUGAGCAUUGAUAGUAUAGUUUUCAAUGCAGUACACUCUGCAUCAUUAACGAUUGGCUGCUGUGACGAAAAUUCAUUUGCUGAUAACACAAAUGCUUUUGUGAGGAGUCCUUGGUGUAUAAUUACAAGAAACUGUCAAAAAGUCACUUUGCCGAAAACCUGCUGCCAAAGAUCUGGCAUUCUUAACAUCGCAAUUCAAUGUCCGGCCACGGCAAAUUCUCUCAUAUAUAAUGAAAAGGGCUGCUUUGAUCGAAUGGAACAUAUAAUCCUGACUUAUUCCAAUUCAAUUUCCGGAAACUUGUUUGCCGUAAUUGCCACUCAGAUGUUUGCUGUUGUAUUCAUCAUUGCCCUUUACAAAUCUAGAACUAGGACGGAGUCUUUUCCAGUGUGAAAAAAAAAACUGUGUGCAUUCACUUAAAAUAUUGUUCAUCACAUCCGAAAACCAAUGUGUUGACGUUAGACCUCUUAUAUAAGUGUGAUAAAUUGGGAUUCCAAAUUUAUUUAUAUUUUUUAUGCCCCCCCCCCCUCCCCUUCGACGAAGGGUGGGCAUAUUGCUUUGCUGCUGUCCGUCUGUCAGUCUGUCGGUCAGUCGGUUCACCAAUGGUUUCCGUUUAUGCAUGUACUGAGUUUAAAUUAAGUAUACAGAUUUAUCAUGAUAAUAUCUAGGUCAAGUUCGAUUUGGGGUGCAAUCGUGCAAUUUUUGACAUAUCUAGAGUUAUGCCUCUCGGACUUAAUAAAAAUUCCAUCUAUUUGUAGUUUAUUUUCUUCGCAGAGGUUGCACAUAUUGAAAUAAGAUUUAGUAUACUGAUUUAUCAUAAUAAUGUCUAGGUCAAGUUUGAUUUUGAAUAAUUAUGAUCGAGGAAUUUUCGACAGAGUUAUGCUCCUUGGACUUAAAAAAAUUCUGAUUAUUUACAGUUUCCGUUAAUUGUCUUCGUGGAUGUUUCCAAGGGAGGGGGCAUAAGUGUUUCACAAACAUCUCGUUUAACUCUUGCUCAACUUUACAGUCUGAAUCUUUUUAUAUUUAAAUGUAUUUUCAUUGUAUUCAUGUACAAAAAGGAAAAUAUAACAUU